AUGUUCACCAGAAUAGGCCUCGUCCCUCUCCUAGGCCUUCUCCUACCAGCUUUGGCCAUCAGAUUGGGUGACUCCAAGAUUUCAUCACCUGCGAAAACACUUCCGCAUUUCGAAGACGAGUUUGGAGCAUGGUCUGCAGCACCUACACCGCCUCCCAACCCCCGAUUCGCGGCUAUAGCUCUGAAGAGACAAGUAGGCGGCCCAACAUGCGGUUAUUAUCAGUACAAUAGCGAGGCCUUUGACUGUUAUACCAACCAGUGCGCGACUAGCGGCACCCACUUCGGCUGUGCUUCCAGCUCUGCGGCGCCGUACACAGCCUGUCUUGAACGUACAAACACCAUCUGUUCCAAAAGCAUCGCGGGUGCGGGGACGCUCUGCUGCAACUACGCCACCGACUUCCCGUUCUGCGUCACGGCUUUGAAACCGAUAACGAAAGGCACCGUAACCACCAUCACUGGAGUUCGUUGCGGAAACAGUAGAGCCAGAGGCACUAAGAUUCUUCUCGAGUUGAAAGGUAGUUCGACGAUCGCUAGUUCGUCUGGCAUUCGGUCGAGUAUUAGCACCCGAACGACAAGUCGUCCUUUAUCCAUCCAGACGUCCGAAUCUGCCCCUCCCACAUCAAGCAUCGACUCUAUUCCCGCAACUUCAUCAUCGGACGCAAGUUCAGAAACGGCAACAGAAACGCCCUCGCCUCCCACGUCCUCCGCGCCCGUUGGCGCAAUUGUGGGAGGAGUCAUCGGCGGUCUUGCUGUUCUUGGUAUGAGCACCGCAGCUGUCGUGUGGCUACUGGUCAGAAAACGCAGCAGAAAUCCCGAUCAUAACGGAGGCAGUGGCGGCGCAGCCAGCAUGAGCCAGCCGUAUGCAUAUGAAAUGGGAGGUAUGGGAGGUCAAACUCACCCACAAGCGCCAGCCCCAGGUUCUUCGUCCGAUGCGUACAAGGGGUACUACCAGACAAAUAUGAGUGUCAAUGAGAUGGCAGGUUCCGAGCAUCCAUACUAUUCUGCGCCCACUCCGUCGGCUUCACCAAGCCUGCAUCAGCAGCACAGCCGCGCGCCAUCUCAUAGUCCCGCACCAAUGCCGAUGACGCCGGACGACUAUGUUAUGCGCCCCGUGACUGAGAUGCCGGCCAUCAAUCCUCCCGGCAUCGGAAACAACGCGUCUGAGUUGCCGGCGUAA